GACACCGGGUCUUGGCGGAAGGUCCCCGGUGUUUCCUGCUAGAGAGGAGCUGUGCUGGGCAGCAGGCUCUGAAUUGUCACAGGCCGCAGUAGAAUGUCCCCGGAGGUCACAUUGAACCGCAUCGUCCCUGCACUGUCUCCAUUCAUAUCCAGUGUGGUCCGACAUGGGAAGGUGGGCCUGGACUCUACCAGCUGUCUGAGGAUUACUGACCUGAAAUCAGGAUGCACCUCUCUGACCCCGGGCCCCAGCUGCGAUCGCUUCAAACUCCACAUCCCCUAUGCAGGCGAGACACUGAAAUGGGACAUCAUGUUUAAUGCCCAGUAUCCAGAACUGCCUCCUGAUUUCAUCUUUGGGGAAGAUGCUGAAUUUUUGCCUGAGCCAUCUGGCCUUCCAAGUUUGGCAGAGUGGGACCCGUCAAACCCAGAGUGCCUCCUGCAGGUGGUGAAGGAACUGGUGCAGCAGUAUCACCAGUACCAGUGCAGCCGGCUCAGCGAGAGCUCCCGCCUCAUGUUCGAGUAUCAGACUCUGCUGGAGGAUCCGCAGUAUGGAGAGAGUAUGGAGAUCUACGCCGGGAAAAAGAACAACUGGACCGGGGAAUUCUCAGCCCGCUUCCUCCUGAAGCUGCCAGUGGAUUUCAGUAAUAUUCCCAUCUACCUGCUCAAGGAUGCAAAUGAGGACCCAGGGGAAGAUGUCGCUCUGCUCUCUGUUAGUUUUGAAGACGCAGAAGCCACCCAGGUGUUCCCCAAGCUCUACCUGUCCCCAAGAGUUGAACAUGCUCUGGGUGGUUCCUCGGCUCUUCACAUCCCAGCGUUUCCCAGCGGUGGCUGUCUCAUAGACUAUGUUCCUCAGGUCUGCCAGCUGCUGACCAACAAGGUUCAGUACGUCAUACAAGGUUACCACAAAAGACGAGAAUAUAUCGCUGCCUUCCUGAGCCACUUUGGAACCGGUGUGGUGGAGUACGACGCCGAGGGUUUCACAAAGCUGACUCUAUUGCUGACAUGGAAAGACUUCUGUUUCCUCGUUCACAUUGACCUUCCUCUGUAUUUCCCGCGGGAUCAGCCCACCCUGACAUUUCAGUCUGUCUACCACUUCACAAACAGUGGACAACUCUACUCCCAGACCCAGAAGAGCUACCCAUACAGCCCGCGCUGGGACGGGAAUGAGAUGGCCAAGAGAGCCAAAGCUUACUUCCGAAGUUUUGUUCCUCAGUUCCAAGAAGCUGCCUUUGCCAACGGGAAGCUUUAGAGCAGGAUGGAAGAGAUGGCGUUACAUUAGAAGAAACAAAUCUGAUCUUGGACUUUUGUCAAUGAAUUGUCCUGAAAUUUGCUGAAUUUCAGUAUUUUUAUACUUCCUCAUUUGUUGUGCAUAUAUGAGUAUCCUUGUCUGGCACCCCAAAGGUAGAAUAAGCUAAACCUUGUGGCCCAAACGUUCUCUGCUAGGUAGAGGGACUACUGAAAAAUAAAAACGUGUCUUAGAAGAUUCAGUCCAACCAAAGUGAUGUUUUAGUAAUUGGUGGAGCCUGGUUA